AUGACCCAAACCAACAUUACCACUGAUCAAUUGGCUCUUCUCUCUUUGAAAUCCCAAAUCAUUUCAGACCCUUCUCACUUCAUGGAUGAAAGUUGGUCUCCCUCUAUUUCUGUUUGUCACUGGGUGGGAGUCACUUCUUGUUCUCGCCACCAGCGAGUGAAGUCCUUGAAUCUUUAUAACAUGGCUCUUACAGGGAGGAUUCCCCCUGAAUUUGGAAACCUCUCAUUUCUUGUUUCUGUUGACUUGGGAAGAAACAAUUUCCAUGGAAAUUUGCCUCAAGAAAUUGCACGCUUGCGUCGGCUUAAGUGUCUUGAUUUAAGUGUCAACAACUUCAGAGGGAAGGUUCCCUCUUGGUUUGGAUUCUUACACCAUCUUCAAGUUCUAAAUCUUGGAAAUAAUAGUUUCGCUGGUUCCAUCCCUUCUUCAUUUUCUAAUAUGUUCAAACUUGAGAUUUUGAAUCUGAAUUUUAAUUCCAUAGAGGGCCAAAUACCAAAAGUGAUUGGAAGCCUUAUAAACCUUAGAGAAUUAAGGUUGAAAGGUAACAAGCUCAUAGGCUCUAUUCCUCUGUCACUCUCGAAUGCCUCAAGGUUGGAGACUUUGGAGAUAUAUUAUAAUUCACUUCAAGGAAACAUUCCAGAAGGGAUCGGAAAUCUUCACAACAUGAAGUUGUUGUCCAUACAGUUAAAUCAGAUAACGGGUUCUAUACCAUUCGCAGUUUUCAAUAUUUCUAGGAUCGAAGUCAUUGCCUUAACAGACAAUAGCUUAUCGGGAUAUCUUUCCAAUGGUUUAUGCAAUGGUCACCCAAUACUCAAAGGGCUCUAUCUAUCCACAAACAAGCUUCGCGGUCAUAUGCCUACAAGCUUCUUGAAUUGUUCACAUCUUCAAAUUCUGUCUUUAUCGGAAAAUGAGUUUGAUGGACCAAUACAUAGUGAAAUUGGAAGAUUGAGCAACUUGCAGUUAUUAUAUGUCGGAGAAAACCAUUUCACUGGGAUAAAUCCACAAGAAAUUGGAAAUCUUGUUAAUUUGGGGGAGUUAUGGAUGGAGAAAAACCAGAUUACCGGCUCUUUCUCAAUCUCCAUAUUCAAUAUCUCAUCUCUGCAAAUUUUGUCACUGUCGAUGAACAAUCUUAGUGGAUUCUUACCCCAGGAGAUUGGUGAUAUACCCCAAGAAAUAAGCAAUCUCAUUGAGCUGGAGCAUCUUGAUCUUGCUGAUAAUAGAUUUAAUGGUCGACUUGAUAUGGAUAUCUUCAACAUGUCAGUGCUGAGAGUAGUUUCUCUUACAAACAAUACUCUAUCAGGAAGCCUCCCACCAAACAUGUGUUCUAUCUUACCCAACAUUGAAAGAUUUUAUCUGUCCGUUACCAACCUUGUUGGGACUAUUCCUCAUUCCAUCUCCAAUUGUUCAAAACUUACUAUUCUUGAGCUUUCAAGCAACAAACUCACUGGCUUGAUUCCCAACUCACUUAGAUAUUUGACUCAUCUGCAGUACCUAAAGUUGGGGGGAAACAAUUUAACCAGGGACUCAUCAUUAAGCUUCCUGACUUCCUUAAUCAAUUGCAGAAAUUUAACAGUUCUUGAUAUAUCUUUAAACCCUCUAAAUGGCAUGCUUCCAGCAUCCAUGGGGAACCUUUCAACAUAUCUUAGAAAAUUUAUCGCCAACAGUUGUAAAAUCCAAGGGCUAAUUCCAAAUGAAGUUGGGAACUUAAGCAACUUAUUAUUCCUUGAUCUUUCUGGAAACAACUUGGCUGGAUCAAUUCCCACAACGAUUGGAAACUUGAGAAACCUUCAGCGCUUCAACUUGAGUAACAACAAACUUACAGGAUUUGUUGGUGAUCAUAUAUGUAAAUUGCAGUGCUUGGAUGUCAUCGACUUGACUCAAAAUCAACUUUCAGGAUCUCUUCCUAAUUGUUUAGGGAAUAUUACUUCCCUUAGGGAGAUACAUCUGGGUUCCAAUAAAUUGAGUUCCAAUAUACCACCAAGCUUAGGGAACCUUCAAGAUCUAGUGGUUCUUGACUUAUCGUCAAACAACAAAGUAGGUUCGUUACCUCCAGAAAUUGAAAAUCUAAAGGCUAUAACAAAGAUGGAUCUAUCGAUGAAUCAAUUCUCAAAUGGAAUUCUAAGAGAAAUUGGUGGAUUGCAAAAUCUGGCACACCUUUCUUUGAGACACAACAAGUUGCAAGGAUCUAAUCCUGACUCAAUGAUCAACAUGGUUUACUCUUGGAUAAGGUUUGAAGAUGCAUCCUUUGGUUGCUUCCAUGAGUGA